AGCCUGUGGCUGGAGCAGCUGCCGUGCAGGGCCAGGCCGGGCCCUGCCCGCAAGGAUCCCCAAGCCCCCCGCCGGCCCCUGGAGCCCAGAGCCUUUCAGGCUCUCCCGCCAGCCCCACCAUGACCUCAGAGUCCACCUCACCCCCGGUCGUGCCCCCACUCCACUCCCCCAAGUCCCCCGUCUGGCCCACCUUCCCCUUCCACCGCGAGGGCAGCAGGAUCUGGGAACGCAGCGGUGCCUCAGCCCGGGACUUGCCCAGCCCUCUGCCCACCAAGAGGACCAGGACGUACUCAGCGACGGCCCGUGCCUCGGCAGGGCCAGUGUUCAAGGGCGUGUGUAAGCAGUUCUCACGCUCCCAGGGCCACGGCUUCAUCACGCCCGAGAAUGGCUCCGAGGACAUCUUCGUGCACGUGUCCGACAUCGAGGGAGAGUACGUGCCGGUGGAGGGCGACGAGGUGACAUACAGAAGAUGCCCGAUCCCGCCCAAGAACCAGAAGUUCCAGGCGGUGGAGGUGGUGUUGACCCAGCUGGCCCCCGCACACACCCCAUGA